CCACCGGGCCCCCAAGCACAAGCGCCGGCGGGUUCAGGAUGGCGGGCGCCGCGGUUGGGGCGGCCCCUGCAAGCGGCGGGGGCGGCGGUGCCGGGUUUGGGUACAGGGGUUUCGGAGCGGCAGCAGCAGGAGCGGGGGCGGGUUGGGCGACACAAGGUCCGCCCACGUUUGGGGCGGGAGCCCCUGCAGGCGGUGGUGGAGGAGGCGGGAGUGUGCUGUUUCAGACGCCGGUGCAAGGGCAGCAGGGCGGCGGGGGGCUUUUUGCGCCGUCGCCCGUGCCGACGUUUGGAGGCGGCGGGGACGGCGGGGGCAGCGCCGGCGGGUUUGGUUUUGGCUUUGGGGUGCUGCCCACAGGCUGUAUGCCUGCGAGCGUGUUACCGGGAGGUGACGGGGGUAACGGAGCUGCUGCUGCUGCUGACGGUGCUAUGACGGGCGACGGAGGCAACGGCGCGCCUCCGAGCACGGGUGGGAACCUGUUUCGUUUCAUGGGAGGCGGCGGCGGAGGAGGAGGAGGGCUGUUCGCGACGCCGUCGCCUAUGGGGAUGGGGCCGCAGCCGCCGGCUCCGCCUCAGAAGCAGCAGCAGCAUUCCGUUGGGCAUGCGGACGUUCCCUUCCCUGGCUUCUCAGCUCACGCUAGCGGCGCGGCGGGCGGUGGCCCCCCGCCCAGCGGCCCGGGCUCUGGGUCGGGCAGCGGGCCGCACCGCAUGAGCCGUGUGGUGGAGGAGGGGGGCAAGGUCCGCAAGGUGUCCAGCAAGCUCUUCAACGACCCGCACUCCGCCACCGCCAGCGUCCGCCGCCGCAGCCAGCGCCUGGCAGCACUCAACUCCGCGGCUUCCGCUUCAGCAGCAGGAGCGGGGGGAGCAGGAGGGGCCUCCGCAGCAGCGCAUGGCGCUUCAGGACACCACCACAAUCACCAUCAAGCAGCGGGGGGAGGGGGAGCAGGGGCGGGAGGGGGUGGGGCGCAGUACGGCGGCCACCACCCGCACCUGUACGGCGGGCCGAGUGGGGCGGCGAGUGUGGUGGGGCAGGCCAAGUCAGGACAGGCGAGCUACAUGGAGGGUGACAGCCAGAACACCCCCGACCCGCGGGACCCCCCUCCCGCCCCUGUGCACCAGCAGCUGCACCCGGACGCAAAGCUGGCGGCACCGGGGGCAGCAGCGGGGGCGGGAGCACCCUCACCGCAACCGCUCUUCGCAGCUUUCGGCGGGCGACAUGGGCAGGGCGGGGCGGCAGCAGCGGCAGCAGCGGGGGGCCAGCAGGGCGGGGCAGCAGCUGCCGCCGCGGCAGCAGCCGCAGCCGAGAGCCGCGCCGCGCUGCUGCAGUUGCUGACUCCGCUCAUGGAGGGGGUACGGCACCUGGCGUCGUACCGCUGCUCCGAGGCGAUUGCGGCGCUGGGCAAGCUGCCGGUGUCGCAGCACCGCACGGCCUGGGUGCUGUGUGCGCUGGGGAGGGCUUACUUUGAGAGCAUGGACUAUGCGAAAGCAGCGCAGAGCUUCGAGCAGGCCCGCCAGCUGGAUCGCACACGUGUGGAGGGCAUGGAGCUGUACAGCACGCUGCUGUGGCACACGCGCCGCGAGUACGAGCUGAGCCACCUGGCGCAGGAGUGUAGCGCCACGGACCGCCUGGCGCCGCAGACGUGGUGCGUGAUGGGCAACCUGUUCAGCGGGCAGAAGGAGCACGAGGCGGCCAUUGAGUUCUUCCUGAG